AUGUCUAUCACAUCGUUCCCUCCAGCAUCGGCACGCGUCGUCGGCUCAGACGAUGAUGGUCUUGUCUGUCUCGAGCUCGAAGAUGGCUCAGCCUACCAGGGCUACAGCUUCGGCGCUCGCAAGAACAUUGCCGGCGAAUUGGUCUUCCAGACGGGCAUGGUGGGGUACCCUGAGUCCGUGACAGACCCCUCAUACCGCGGCCAAAUCCUCGUCAUCACGUUUCCUCUUGUUGGAAACUAUGGUGUGCCUUCGAGGGAGACACUGGACGAACUCCUCGGUGAUCUCCCAGCCCAUUUCGAAUCGUCUCAAAUCCACAUUGCCGGUCUCGUGACUGCCUCGUACUCGGGCGAGGAUUACUCCCACUAUCUAGCCGCCUCAUCGCUCGGCACAUGGCUCAAGGAGCAGGGCAUUCCUGCCAUGUAUGGAGUUGACACGAGAGCCCUCACAAAGCGGAUAAGAGAGAAGGGAAGUAUGCUUGGCCGGAUGCUGCUGCAGAAGCAGAAUCUGACCAAUGGAACCGCCAAUGGCGUGACAAACGGCGCCAACGGGACCAUCAGCCCUCUUGCUAUGAAGGAAUGGAGACCUUAUUUUGAUACGAUCGAUUGGGUCAACCCCAACGAGAAGAACCUUGUAGCAGAGGUGUCCAUUAAGACCCCCAAGCUGUAUAAGCCCCCCGUCGACACUGCUCUGUUACACCCGUCUGGACGCCCCAUCCGCAUUCUCUGUCUCGAUGUAGGCAUGAAAUACAACCAGCUGAGAUGCUUCUUGAAACGCGGAGUUGAGGUUCUGGUCUGCCCAUGGGAUCAUGACCUCGCCGCCCAGGCGGGCGAUGAGUACGAUGGUCUAUUCAUCUCCAACGGACCUGGUGACCCGGCUGUUCUCCAGAACACGGUCAGCAACAUUGCUACUGCCAUUUCAAAGAACCGUACACCUAUCUUUGGUAUCUGCCUGGGCCAUCAGCUUCUUGCUCGAGCUGCAGGUGCCCAGACAACCAAGAUGAAGUUCGGUAACCGUGGUCAUAACAUUCCCUGCACAAGCAUGGUUACUGGUAAAUGUCAUAUUACUUCUCAAAAUCAUGGUUUCGCUGUGGACAGCAACAGUCUCCCCACUGGCUGGAAAGAGCUGUUCGUGAAUGCCAAUGAUGGCAGUAAUGAGGGUAUUAUGCACGAAGACAAGCCGUACUUCAGUGUUCAAUUCCACCCUGAAAGCACACCCGGGCCUCGGGACACCGAGUUCCUGUUUGAUGUCUUCAUCAGCACGGUCGUAAAAUGCGCCUCUGAUUCAAAAUUGCUUGCACAGCCAGUUGAAUUUCCCGGCGGCACCGCCGAGGAGAAUGACAGACUUAAUCCUCGUGUGCAUGCGAAGAAGGUUCUCGUUCUGGGAAGUGGUGGUCUCAGCAUUGGCCAAGCUGGAGAGUUCGACUACUCCGGAAGUCAGGCCAUCAAAGCCCUGAAGGAGGAGGGUAUCUAUACCGUUCUUAUCAACCCCAAUAUUGCCACCAUUCAAACAUCCAAGGGACUUGCGGACAAGGUUUACUUCCUGCCUGUCAAUGCCGAUUUCGUUCGGAAAGUCAUUCUCUACGAGCGCCCGGAUGCCAUUUACUGCACCUUUGGAGGUCAAACAGCUUUGUCAGUUGGUAUUCAGCUGAAGGAUGAGUUCGAAGAACUUGGUGUCAAAGUGUUGGGCACACCCAUUGACACAAUCAUUACCACCGAGGAUCGUGAGCUUUUCGCUCGAAGCAUGGAGUCCAUCGGUGAGAAGUGUGCCAAGUCUGCCUCGGCCAGCAGUGUCGAUGAGGCAAUGCUGGUUGUAAAAGACAUCGGAUUCCCCGUCAUCGUCCGAGCUGCCUAUGCUCUUGGUGGUCUUGGCAGUGGUUUUGCAAACAACGAAGCCGAACUCCUCGACCUAUGCAACAAGGCGCUCGCCGCUAGCCCUCAAGUCUUGAUUGAGAGGAGUAUGAAGGGGUGGAAAGAGAUUGAGUAUGAGGUUGUCAGAGAUGCUCAAGACAACUGCAUCACUGUGUGUAACAUGGAGAAUUUCGAUCCUCUCGGUAUCCACACCGGAGAUUCUAUUGUGGUUGCCCCAUCUCAGACGCUCUCGGACGAAGACUACAACAUGCUUCGAACUACCGCAGUAAAUGUCAUUCGCCACCUGGGAGUGGUUGGCGAAUGCAACAUUCAAUAUGCCUUGAAUCCCUUCUCAAAGGAGUACUGCAUUAUCGAGGUCAAUGCCAGAUUGUCCCGAUCCUCAGCAUUGGCUUCCAAAGCAACCGGAUAUCCUCUUGCUUUCAUCGCAGCAAAGUUGGGACUUGGCAUUCCAUUGAAGGACAUCACCAACUUGGUCACCAGGUCAACCUGUGCAUGCUUCGAACCGUCUUUGGAUUACGUUGUAGUGAAGAUGCCUCGCUGGGAUCUCAAGAAAUUCACCAGAGUGUCAACUCAACUCGGCUCCUCUAUGAAGAGCGUUGGGGAGGUCAUGAGCAUUGGUAGAAGCUUCGAGGAAGCCAUUCAGAAAGCAAUUCGUGCAAUUGACUUCCACAACUUGGGCUUUGGUGAGACUAAGGCCCUGAUGUCGAUCGAUGAUGAGCUCCAGACGCCAUCGGAUCAACGUCUUUUCGCAAUUGCCAACGCAAUGGCUCAAGGAUACUCCGUCGAUAAGAUUUGGGAGAUGACCAAGAUCGACAAGUGGUUCCUGAACAAGUUGAAGGGUUUGAGUGAUUUCGGCAGGAAGAUGCGCAACUUCAACACAACAGAGAUGGUUGGCCACCCUGACCUUCUACUCCAGGCGAAGAGGCUGGGUUUCUCUGACCGACAAUUGGCCAACUUCUGGAGCUCAAACGAAUUGGCUGUUCGUCGGAUGCGUCUGGAGGCUGGGAUCACCCCUUUCGUAAAACAGAUUGAUACCGUUGCUGCCGAGUUCCCUGCCAUGACCAACUAUCUCUACUUGACAUACAACGCCACAGAGCACGAUGUCAGCUUCGAUGAUCACGGAGUCAUGGUCCUUGGUUCCGGAGUCUACCGAAUCGGCUCAUCGGUCGAGUUCGAUUGGUGCUCUGUCAGAGCAAUUCGCACUCUUCGCGAAUCAGGCUUCAAGACAAUCAUGGUCAAUUAUAACCCAGAGACCGUAUCCACAGAUUAUGACGAGGCGGACAAGCUUUACUUUGAGAACAUCACGAUCGAGACUGUACUUGAUAUCUAUCAAAUGGAGGCAGCCAGUGGAGUUCUCGGUGCCAUGGGUGGUCAGACCCCCAACAACAUCGCACUCAACCUCUUCCGUGCUGGAGUCAAGGUUCUCGGGACAUCUCCAGAGAUGAUUGACACUGCAGAGAACCGUUACAAAUUCUCUCGAAUGCUUGACAGAAUCGAUGUCGAUCAGCCAACCUGGAAGGAAUUGACCAGCUUCGAAGAGGCAAAGGAGUUCUGCAAGUCCGUGUCAUACCCCGUGCUUGUACGACCUUCCUAUGUCCUCUCAGGUGCCGCCAUGAACACGGUCUACUCAGAGGCAGAUCUUGAAUCAUACUUGCAGCAAGCUGCGGAUGUUUCUAGGGAGCAUCCUGUGGUGAUUACCAAGUACAUCGAGAAUGCCAAGGAGAUUGAGAUGGAUGCUGUCGCACAUGAUGGUAGAAUGGUCGGCCACUUCAUCUCGGAACACGUUGAAAAUGCAGGCGUGCAUUCCGGUGAUGCGACUUUGAUCCUGCCGCCUCAGGAUCUGGAGAAGACAACAAUUGAGCGCAUUGAGGAGGCUACAAGGAAGAUUGGCGCUGCCCUCAAUGUCACUGGUCCCUUCAAUAUCCAGUUUAUUGCAAAGGAUAACGAUAUCAAGGUCAUUGAAUGCAACGUCCGAGCAUCUCGUUCAUUCCCCUUCGUCUCAAAGGUCAUGGGUGUAGACCUCAUUGAGAUGGCCACCAAGGCUAUCAUGGGUGUUCCGUUCGAAGCUUAUCCAGCAAUAGAGCGAUCUGCGGACAGCGUUGGUGUCAAAGUUCCUCAGUUCAGUUUCUCGCGUCUGUCAGGCGCCGAUCCGGUUCUCGGAGUAGAAAUGGCUUCGACAGGUGAGGUCGCCUGCUUUGGAAACGACAAGUACGAAGCCUACCUCAAGGGCUUGAUGGCAACUGGAUUCAAGAUCCCAAAGAACAAUGUUCUGCUGUCCAUUGGAUCGUACAAGGACAAGAAGGAGAUGCUGCCGUCUGUUGCUAAGUUGCAGAAGAUGGGCUACAAGCUCUUCGCUACUGCAGGAACUGCCGAUUUCUUGCAGGAGCACAACAUCCCUGUGCAGUACCUUGAGGUUCUUGGCAAGGAAGAUGACGAUCAGAAGUCAGAGUUCUCACUGACCCAGCAUCUUGCCAAGAAUAUGAUCGAUCUCUACAUCAACCUCCCAUCGAACAACAAAUAUCGCCGUCCCGCAAAUUACAUGAGCAAGGGAUACCAAACAAGAAGAAUGGCUGUCGACUACCAAAUUCCACUGGUCACAAAUGUCAAGAACGCCAAAAUCCUUGUUGAAGCUCUUGCUCGGUAUUUCAAGCUUGAUGUGAGCGUUCGAGACUACCAGACGAGCCAUCGCACCAUUAUUCUCCCUGGUCUCGUCAACAUUGCCGCCUUCGUCCCAGGCAUUGUCUCCGACAGGAGCCAAGAUCUGCAGAGCAUCACCAGGGCCUCGAUCGCUGCUGGGUUCGGAAUGAUCAGGGUCAUGCCCCUUGGUGUCGAAGGCUCUAUCACCGACGCGCGAAGCCUGCAGAUUGCCCAGCAAAAUGGCAAACGUGGCGCGUACUGUGACUUCAACCUCUCGGUUACAGCUACCUCGACGAACGCUAAUCAGAUCAGCCAUGUGGCCGGUGAAGUGGGAUCUCUCUUCAUUCCCUUCAACCACCUGUCCGACAACAUCAGCAAGGUGGCUGCUGUGACUGCUCAUUUUGAUGCCUGGCCAACGCAUAAGCCUAUCAUCACCGAUGCGAAGACGACUGAUCUUGCAUCCAUCUUGCUCCUGGCUAGCCUGCACAAUAGGCGCAUCCACGUCACAUCGGUAUCCACAAAGGAUGACAUCAAACUCAUCGCGCUGAGCAAAGAGAAGGGUCUCAAGGUCACUUGCGAUGUCUCAAUCUACUCGCUCUACCUUUCUCAGAAGGACUUCCCAGGUUGCCAGUUGCUGCCAACGAUCGAAGAUCAAACGGCUUUGUGGCAACACUUGGACAGCAUUGAUGUGUUCUCCAUCGGCAGCUUGCCAUACCAGCUUGCUCGCACCAUGGGUCAGAAUGCGGAUUUGUCAAUCGGUAUCGCCGAUGCUCUGCCUCUACUCCUGACAUCAGUUUCGGAGGGCAAGCUGACCAUUGAGGACAUCAAGACUCGCCUGCAUGAUAAGCCAGUGGAGAUUUUCGAACUUCACGACCAGGUCGGUACAUCUGUUGAAGUGGAGAUUGAGCGCCCAUACACUGUCUCUGAUAGCGGUGCCUGGACUCCGUUUGCUGGCCGCGUCAUGCGAGGAGCUGUUCAGCGAGUUACCUUGCAGGACAAGGUAGUCUGCUUGGAUGGACAACUUCUUGAUGAGCCGCCUCUAGGCAAGGACAUGUCAACUCAUGGAGCAUUGCCGCCACUGCCGUCGUCGCCACUGAUCAAGGGAUCACCUCAAAUACCGGAUAGCCCCUUUGGCGGACGACGCCAGUCACUUCUUGCUUCGUCUUCCAGGUCUUUCGCGAAGCCUAAGACGCUCGAUACAGCCCUUGGAAUCCUCCCUCCCCCAGCGAGAAGGUCUGUUACGGAGGAGUUUGGCCCUGCUCUACAAGUGCAUCCGCCUGUCCGCUCAUCACUCCAGGACUUGCUUGCUGGACCAUCAUCAUUCAAGAAUGCUCAUGUGCUCUCCGUGACACAAUACACCCGAACAGACCUGCAUCUCCUUUUCACUGUCGCACAGGAGAUGCGGAUGGGUGUUCAGCGUGAGGGCAUCUUGAACGUCCUUUCUGGCCGCCUACUCUGCACCAUGUUCUACGAGCCCUCUACGCGUACAUCCUCUUCAUUUGACGCUGCUAUGCAGCGCCUUGGAGGAAGGACUGUCGCGGUUGCAACCUCAUUCUCUUCAGUCCAGAAGGGCGAGACCCUUCAGGACUCUCUGAGGACCCUCGCAUGCUACGGAGAUGCUGUUGUACUCCGUCACCCUGAUGAGAAGUCCGUGGACGUCGCUCGGAGGUUCUGCCCCGUCCCCGUCAUCAACGGAGGAAACGGCUCAAAGGAGCACCCAACCCAGGCAUUCCUCGACCUCUUCACAAUUCGUGAGGAACUUGGAACUGUGCAAGGCUUGACAAUCACAUUCUUGGGAGAUCUCCUCUAUGGUCGCCCAGUACACUCCCUAGUGUAUCUUCUGCGACAUUACCAGGUGCAGGUGCAGCUGGUCUCACCGAAUUCUCUAGCCCUGCCGCCCAAGGUCCGGGAGCAACUUAUCGCGUCUGGACAGCUCCUCUGCGAGUCUGAGACGCUCACUGAUGAGAUUCUGGCGAGGAGCGAUGUGCUGUACUGCACUCGUGUGCAGCAAGAGCGCUUCCCAAGCAAGGCGGAGUAUGAGAAGGUCAAGGGAUCAUAUGUCAUUAACAAUGCUACACUCAAGAACGCGAAGAGCUCGAUGGUAGUCAUGCAUCCUCUGCCUAGGAACGAUGAGAUUGCGGAGGAGGUGGACUUUGACCAGAGGGCGGCAUAUUUCAGACAGAUGAGAUACGGUCUCUACACGAGAAUGGCUCUCUUGGCUCUUGUCAUGUCUUCAUAG